UGUCAGCUUCAAACACAAGAGGUCCCUUCAUAUUCAUAUCAUCAGAUUCUGUAAGAUUCAAGAAGUUAAAGAGAGAAAAUGGCGAAUUUUGUAUUGCAACUUCCAAAUAACCUGCGUUUGCGGAGCUGCACUGUCUCAUCCUCCUUUAAUGGGUCGACUCCUGGUGUGCCUCAAUCAGCAGGGCCAGUGAUUCUUGAACUUCCCCUUGAUAAAAUCCGACGGCCACUCAUGCGUACCAGAGCUAAUGACCAGCAAAAAGUGAUGGAACUGAUGGAUAGUAUUAAGGAAAUCGGGCUUCAAGUACCUAUUGAUGUGCUUGAGGUGGAUGGAGUUUACUACGGGUUUUCUGGUUGUCAUCGCUAUGAAGCUCAUCAGCAGCUUGGCCUUCCAACUAUUCGUUGCAAAGUUCGUCGUGGAACAAAAGAAACUUUAAGGCACCAUCUUCGAUAAGAUCUUGCUAAAUUACUCUAAAUGGGAGAUACAUGAUAAUAGAUCGUCUUCCAAUACUGAUGAUAUAUAUGUAAUGUAUAUGCAUACAAAAUUUGCCAACGUACCUAAAGUUGGAGUUUGUACAUUAGACUUGAUUGAUGAUGCAAAAGAAGAUAAUGAGUUUAUGAGUUGCUACAAA